UAGAAACUAUUGUUGUACCAAUAUUCUUGUUUGCAAAUUACUCAUAGAAUUCAAACAAGUAAAUCAAAGUUAUUAGUAAUUGAAGUUAGAGACAUUCAUCUUCUAAAAAUUCUUAAAACAUCAUUUUGUGUUUUGCUUUGCAGAUUUCAGAAAUGGAGGUUGGCUUAGCAGUUGGUGGUGCAUUUCUCUCCUCAGGCCUGCAAGUUAUCUUUGAUAGGCUUGCACCUAAGGGUGAUCUGCUCAAGAUGUUCCAGAAGCAUAAGAAAGAUGUUCGUCUCUUAAAGAAGUUGAGAAUGACUUUGCUUGGUCUUCAAGCUGUGCUAAGUGAUGCAGAGAAUAAGCAAGCAUCAAAUCAAUUUGUGAGAGAGUGGCUUAAUGAGCUUCGAGAUGCUGUGGAUGGUGCUGAAAACUUGAUUGAACAAGUCAAUUAUGAAGCUUUGAGACUUGAGGCUGAAGGUAAGCAUCAAAAUCUUGGAGAAACAAGCAACCAGCAAGUAAGUGAACUUAACCUGUGCUUGAGUGAUGAUUUCUUUCUUAACAUAAAGAACAAGUUGGAAUACACUAUUGAAACAUUGAAGGAUUUGCAAGAGCAAAUUGGUGACCUUGGAUUAAAGGAGCAUUUUGGUUCGACUAAACAAGAAACGAGAACACCUUCAACUUCUUUGGUUGAUGAUUCUGAUAUCUUUGGAAGGCAGAAUGAUAUAGAGGAAUUGAUUGACCGUUUAUUGUCUGAAGAUGCAAGUGGAAAAAAGCUGACUGUAGUUCCAAUUGUUGGAAUGGGCGGCGUGGGUAAGACAACACUUGCUAAAGUCGUUUACAAUGAUGAGAAGGUGAAGGACUAUUUUGAUUUGAGAGCUUGGUUUUGUGUUUCUGAGGCAUAUGAUGCUUUUAGAAUAACAAAAGGUUUACUUCAAGAAAUUGACUCAUAUGACUUGAAGGCUGAUGAAAAUCUUAAUCAGCUACAAGUCAAAUUAAAGGAAAGCUUAAAAGGAAAGAAGUUUCUUGUUGUUCUAGAUGAUGUGUGGAAUGACAACUACACCGAGUGGGAUGAGUUGAGAAAUGUUUUUGUACAAGGAGAUAUAGGAAGUAAGAUUAUUGUGACGACACGUAAAGAGAGUGUUGCCUUGAUGAUGGGCUGUGGGGCAAUCAAUGUGGGGACUCUAUCUGAUGAAGCCUCUUGGGAUCUAUUGAAACGACAUUCACUAGAAUAUAAGGAUCCUAAAGAACAUCCAGAAUUUGAAGAGAUUGGAAAACAAAUUGCAUGCAAAUGCAAAGGAUUGCCUUUAGCUCUAAAGGCACUUGCUGGUGCUUUACGCUGCAAAUCAGAGGUGGAUGAGUGGAGAGACAUUUUAAGAAGUGAAAUAUGGGAGCUUCCAAGUUGUUUAAAUGGUAUAUUACCAGCGUUGAUGUUAAGCUACAAUGAUCUUCCUGCACCUUUGAAGCAAUGUUUUGCUUAUUGUGCAAUAUAUCCCAAAGAUUAUCAAUUUUGCAAAGACCAAAUUAUUCACCUGUGGAUUGCUAAUGGUCUUGUACAGCAGUUGCUUUCAGGUAACCAAUACUUUCUCGAGUUGAGGUCAAGAUCACUUUUCGAAAGGGUCCCCGAGUCUUCUGAAUGGAAUUCAGAGAAAUUCUUAAUGCAUGACCUUGUCAAUGAUUUGUCCCAAAUUGCUUCUUCAAAUCUUUGUAUAAGGUUGGAAGAGAAAAAAGGAUUGCACAUGUUGGAACAAUGUCGGCACAUGUCCUGUUUAAUAGGAGAAGAUGGUGACUUUGAGAAAUUGAAAUCACUCUUUAAAUCAGAGCAGCUGAGGACAUUACUUCCAAUCAAUAUCCAGCCCUAUUAUAACAACAAUAAUCUAAGCAAGAGGGUGCAGCUUAACAUACUGCCUAGACUAAGAUCCUUGAGGGUAUUAUCACUAUCUCAUUACAGUAUUAAGGAGUUGUCAAAUGACUUGUUUAUCAAAUUAAAGCUCCUGAGAUUUUUGGAUAUCUCUCACACGAAGUUUAAAAGGUUGCCAGAUUCCAUUUGUGUGUUGUAUAACUUGGAGACACUUCUCCUGUCCUCUUGUGCAGAUAUUGAGGAGCUACCGCUGCAGAUGGAGAAGUUGAUCAACUUACAUUACCUCGACAUAAGCAACACUCCUCGCUUGAAGAUGCCGCUACAUCUGAGCAAGUUGAAAAGCCUCCAAGUGCUAGUGGGAGCCAAGUUUCUUCUAGGUGGUUCGAGAAUGGAAGAUUUGGGUGAAGUACAUAACUUGUACGGAUCUCUAUCAGUUUUAGAGUUGCAACAUGUGGUUGAUAUUAGGGAAGUUUUGAAGGCAAAGAUGAGGGAGAAGAAUCAUGUUGACAAGUUAUCAUUGGAGUGGAGUGGAAGUAGUAGUGCCGACAAUGCACAAACAGAAAGAGACAUACUUGAGGAGCUACGCCCACAUAAAAACAUAAAAGAAGUCGAAAUCAUUGGAUAUAGAGGGACAAACUUUCCCGAUUGGGUUGCUGAUCCUUUGUUUGUUAAGCUAGUGAAAUUGUCUCUUAGAAACUGCAAGAACUGUUAUUCGUUGCCAGCACUAGGACAACUCCCUUGUUUGAAAUUUCUUUGGAUUAGAGGGAUGCAUGGAAUAACAGAGGUGACGGAAGAAUUCUAUGGUAGUUUGUCGCCUUUUAACUCUCUUGUGGAGCUUAGAUUUGAAGAUAUGCCUGAGUGGAAGCAAUGGCACCUACCAGGAAGAGGAGAGUUUCCUACACUUGAGAAGCUUUUGGUUAAAAAUUGCCCUGAACUCAGUUUGGAGACACCGAUCCAACUUUCAAGUUUAAAAAGAUUUAAUGUUAUUGGUUGUCCAAAGGUUGGAGUUGUUUUUGAUGAAGGGAUGAAACAAAUUGAGGAAUUUUAUAUUAGGGAUUGUAACUCCUUACCUUUUAGCAUACUGCCCAGUUCCUUGAAAGUGGUAGAAUGUGAUUGUAUAGAUGAUAUAUCAGCUGAGUUGCUCCCAACAGCACGCAAUUUGAGUAUUAGGAAUUGCCACAACCUUACUAGGUUAUCUAUUCCUACUGCCACUGAAAGUCUCUAUAUUCAGAAAUGUGAAAAACUCUCGAUGGCAUGUGGAGGGACCCAGAUGACGUAUUUGUGUAUUAGAGACUGCAAGAAGCUGAACUGGCUGCCAGAACUCCUUCCAUCUCUUAAGACACUGGAACUGAUUAAUUGUCCAGAAAUAGAGUCCUUUCCUCGAGGACGAUUGCAGCAACUUGUAAUCUGGAAUUGCAAGAAACUGGUGAACCGCCGAAAGGAGUGGCGUUUACAGACACUCCCCUGUCUCAGAGAGUUACUGAUCUCUCAUGAUGGGAGUGACGAAGAUAUUGAACAUUGGGAGUUGCCUUGUUCUAUUACAAGACUUGAGGUAUCCAAUCUGAAAACAUUAAGCAGCCAACAUCUCAAAAGCCUCACCUCUCUUCAAUAUCUAUGUAUUGAGGGUAAUUUACCUCAAAUUCAGUCAAUGCUGGAACAAGGCCACUUUUCGCACCUCACUUCGCUUCAAACUCUACUAAUCAUGAAUUUCCGUAAUCUCCAAUCACUUCCUCAAUCAGCACUGCCCUCCUCCCUCUCUCAGCUGACCAUAUAUGAUUGCUCUAAUCUCCAAUCCCUUCCAUUAAAAGGGAUGCCCUCUUCCCUCUCUAAACUAUCGAUUUCAAAAUGUCCAUUGCUCACACCACUACUAGAAUUUGAAAAGGGGGAAUACUGGACAGAAAUUGCUCAAAUUCCCAGCAUAUACAUCGAUGGGGAAUGCCUGAGAGCAAUCGCUGAUCAUUCUUGUUUGCAAAUUACUCUUAGCAUUCAACAGAUUUCAGAAAUGGAGAUUGGAUUAGCAGUUGGUGGUGCAUUUCUCUCCUCAGCUUUGAAUGUUCUGUUUGAUAGGCUUGCUCCUAACGGUGAUCUGCUCAACAUGUUUCGGAAGCACAAGGAUCAUGUUAAGCUCUUAAAGAAGCUGAAAAUGACUUUGUGUGGUCUUCAGAUUGUGCUAAGUGAUGCAGAGAAUAAGCAAGCAUCAAAUCCAUCUGUGAGCGACUGGCUUAAUGAGCUUCGAGAUGCUGUUGACUCUGCUGAAAAUUUAAUAGAAGAAGUCAAUUAUGAAGCUUUGAGGCUUAAGGUGGAAGGCCAGCAUCAAAAUCUUGCUGAAACAAGCAACAAACAAGUAAGUGACCUCAACUUGUGCUUGAGUGAUGAUUUCUUUCGUAACAUAAAGGAUAAGUUGGAAGAAACUAUUGAAACGUUGGAGGUGUUGGAAAAGCAAAUUGGUCGCCUUGGCUUAAAGGAGUAUUUUAUUUCGACCAAACAAGAAACUAGAACACCUUCAACUUCUUUGGUUGUUGAUUCUGGUAUCUUUGGAAGGCAGAAUGAAAUAGAGGAUUUGGUUGGCCGUUUGUUGUCUAUGGAUACAAAGGGAAAAAAUUUAGCUGUAGUUCCUAUUGUUGGAAUGGGCGGCCUGGGUAAGACAACACUUGCUAAGGCGGUUUACAAUGAUGAGAGAGUGAAGAAACAUUUUGGUUUGACAGCUUGGUUUUGUGUUUCUGAGUAUGAUGCUUUCAGAAUAACAAAAGGUAUACUUCAAGAAAUUGGCUCAACAGACUUGAAGGCUGAUCACAAUCUUAAUCAGCUUCAAGUCAAAGUGAAGGAAAGUUUGAAGGGAAAGAAGUUUCUUAUUGUUUUGGAUGAUGUGUGGAAUGACAACUACAACGAGUGGGAUGACUUGAGAAACAUUUUUGUACAAGGAGAUAUAGGAAGUAAGAUCAUUGUGACGACACGCAAAAACAGUGUUGCCUUGAUGAUGGGAAAUGAGCAAAUUAGCAUGAACAAUUUGUCUACUGAAGCCUCUUGGUCUUUGUUUAAAAGACAUGCAUUUGAAAACAUGAAUCCUAUGGGAUAUCCGGAACUCGAAGAGGUCGGAAAACAAAUUGCAGCUAAGUGUAAAGGACUGCCCUUAGCUCUGAAGACACUCGCUGGCAUGUUAUGCUCCAAAUCAGAGAUUGAUGAGUGGAAACGUAUUUUGAGAAGUGAAAUAUGGGAGCUGCGAGACAAUGACAUAUUACCAGCGUUGAUGUUGAGCUACAAUGAUCUUCCCGCACAUUUAAAGCGAUGCUUUUGUUUUUGUGCAAUAUUUCCUAAAGAUUAUCCAUUUAGGAAAGAACAAGUUAUUCAUCUAUGGAUUGCCAAUGGUCUCGUACCAGUGAAAGAUGAAAUAAAUCAAGAUUUAGGCAACCAAUUCUUUCUCGAGUUGAGUUCAAGAUCAUUAUUUGAAAGGGUCCCAAAUCCUUCUGAAGGAAACAUAAAGGAAUUAUUCCUAAUGCAUGACCUUGUCAAUGAUUUAGCCCAACUUGCAUCUUCAAAACUUUGUAUCAGGUUGGAAGAGAGCCAAGGAUCUCAUAUGUUGGAAAAAAGUCGGCAUUUAUCAUAUUCUAUGGUCAAUGAUGGUGAGUUUGAGAAAUUGACACCCCUCUGCAAAUUGGAGGGGCUGAGGACUUUGCUUCCGAUAUGUAUUAGUGUCAAUUAUUGUUAUCACCCUCUAAGCAAGAGGGUGUUGCAUAACAUACUGCCUACACUAAGAUUCUUGAGGGUACUAUCAUUCUCUCAUUACAAGAUUGAGGAGUUGCCAAAUGACUUGUUUAUCAAAUUAAAGCUCCUCAGAUUUUUGGACCUUUCUGAGACAUGGAUUAAAAAGUUGCCAGAUUCCAUAUGUGGAUUGUAUAACUUAGAGACACUUCUCCUGUCAUCUUGUUGUUCUCUUAAGGAGCUACCGCUGCAUAUGGAGAAGUUGAUUAACUUGCGUCAUCUUGACAUAAGCAACACUUGGCGCUUGAAGAUGCCACUACAUCUGAGCAGGUUGAAAAGCCUCCAAGUGUUAGUGGGAGCCAAGUUUCUUCUAGGUGUUUGGAGAACGGAAGAUUUGGGUGAAGCAAAAAACUUAUAUGGAUCUCUAUCAAUUCUAGAGUUGGAAAAUGUGGUUGAUAGAAGGGAAGCUGUGAAGGCAAAGAUGAGGGAGAAGAAUCAUGUUGACAAGUUAUCUUUGAAGUGGAGUGAAAGUAUUAGUGCUGACAAUUCACAUACAGAAAGAGACAUACUUGAUGAGCUAUGCCCACAUAAAAACAUAAAAGAAGUCAAAAUCAUUGGAUAUAGAGGGACAAACUUUCCCGAUUGGGUUGCUGAUCCUUUGUUUCUUAAACUGGUGAAAUUGUCUCUUAGAAACUGCAAGAACUGUUAUUCCUUGCCAGCACUAGGACAACUCCCUUGUUUGAAAUUCCUUUCCGUUAAAGGGAUGCAUGGAAUAAGAGUGGUGACGGAAGAAUUCUAUGGCAGAUUGUCGUCCAAAAAGCCUUUUAACUGUCUUGAGAAGCUUGAAUUUGAAGAUAUGACGGAGUGGAAGCAAUGGCACGCACUAGGAAUUGGAGAGUUCCCUACACUUGAGAACCUUUCAAUUAAAAAUUGCCCUGAGCUCAGUUUGGAGAUACCCAUCCAAUUUUCUAGUUUAAAAAGGUUAGAAGUUGUUGGUUGUCCAGUUGUUAUUGAUGAUGCUCAACUGUUUAGAUCCCAACUUAAAGCAAUGAAGCAGAUUGAGGAAAUAUAUAUAUGGGAUUGUAAGUCUGUUACCUCCUUUCCUUUUAGCAUACUGCCAACUACCUUGAAGAGAAUACAGAUAUCUCAUUGCCCGAAAUUGAGAUUGGAGGCGCCAGUUUGUGAGAUGUUUGUGGAGUAUUUGAGUGUGAAGGAUUGUGGUUGUGUAGAUGAUAUAUCACCUGAGUUUCUCCCAACAGCACGUGAAUUGAGUAUUGAAAAUUGCCAGAACGUUACUAGGUUUUUGAUUCCUACUGCCACUGAAACUCUCCAUAUUCGGAAUUGUGAGAAUGUUGAAAAACUAUCGGUGGCAUGUGGAGGAGCGGCCCAGAUGACGUUACUGGAUAUCUAUGGCUGUAAGAAGCUCAAGUGUCUUCCAGAACUCCUUCCAUCUCUCAAGGAACUGCAACUGUCUGAUUGUCCAGAAAUAGAAGGAGAAUUGCCCUUCAAUUUACAAGAACUCUAUAUCAGUAAUUGCAAGAAACUGGUGAAUGGCCGAAAGCAGUGGCAUUUACAGAGACUCACAGAGUUAUGGAUCAUUCAUGAUGGGAGUGACGAAGAUAUUGAACAUUGGGAGUUGCCUUCCUCUAUUCAGAGUCUUACCAUAUGCAAUCUGAUAACAUUAAGCAGCCAACAUCUCAAAAGCCUCACCUCUCUUCAAUAUCUAGAUAUUGAGGGUAAUUUAUCUCGGAUUCAGUCACAAGGCCAGCUUUCCUCCUUUUCUCACCUCACUUCGCUUCAAGCUCUACAAAUCCGUAAUCUCCAAUCACUUGCUGAAUCAGCACAGCCCUCCUCCCUCUCUCACCUGACCAUCUCCGAUUGCCCUAAUCUCCAAUCACUUGCUGAAUCAGCGCUGCCCUCCUCCCUCUCUCACCUGGGCAUCUCCGAUUGCUCUAAUCUCCAAUCACUUGCUGAAUCAGCACUGCCAUCCUCCCUCUCUCACCUGAACAUCUCCGAUUGCCCUAAUCUCCAAUCCCUUCCAUCAAAAGGGAUGCCCUCUUCCCUCUCUGAACUAUCGAUUUCCGAAUGUCCAUUGCUCAAACCACUACUAGAAUUUGAAAAGGGGGAGUACUGGCCACAAAUUGCUCAUAUCCCCACCAUAGAGAUCGAUGGGGAAUGCAUGUAAUGAUUAAAACAAAUGGCUCCCCAACUGAUUGAAUUUUCAGGUCUGUUGUUAUAGGCAAGUCUUUGAGAUGGGACUAUCAAAGAAGGGCGAUUACAAUUAGUGUACCGCUGAUAUUAUUUCAUGUUUCCAGUGCAAGCCCCUUUUGUAAGUUGACAAACUCGAUUAGUUAAUAUGUUUGGGACUCAACUAGUGGUUAGAGUACUCAUUUUGUAAGAUUUUUGUGUACAGAAAAUCAAAUUAGAAUUAUAACUCGUGAUGGUUGAAUAAACUCCAAGAAGUAGUGAUAUAUUUUUAUAGUGGA